GACAUCACGGGGCUGUGCUAGGACAUGUUCUCCAAAAUGGCCACGUACCUGACGGGCGAGCUCACAGCUACCAGUGAAGACUAUAAACUUCUGGAAAAUAUGAACAAACUGACUAGCUUGAAGUAUCUAGAAAUGAAAGAUAUUGCAGUAAACAUAAGUAGAAACCUAAAGGACUUAAACCAGAAAUAUGCAGCACUUCAGCCUUAUCUGGAUCAGAUCACUCUAAUUGAGGAGCAAGUAGCAGCUCUUGAGCAGGCAGCUUACAAAUUGGAUGCAUAUUCAAAGAAACUAGAAGCAAAGUACAAGAAGUUAGAGAGGCGAUGA